AUGAUAUUAUUUAUUUUUAGAGAUGAUCUAGAAGGAAUAUAUGAGCAAAAUGAAGCGGGACCAUCUCAGCAAUUUGAUGAGUAUUUUGAAGAAAAUGACAACGAUGAUGACGGAAACCCGUCAGGAAGCGAAUACGACCCGGUCGACGAUGAAGAAUUCGAGGAGGACGAUGAAAUUGAGGAAAUUCCUGCAAAAAAAUCAAUUCGCGGCGAUUUUGAUGAGGAAUUGACGACGAUUUGCGACGAUUCGUGGCAACUCGACAAAAUCACUUGGAAAAAAUUGUUCGCCUAUCAGAAGGACGGCGUGAAAUGGCUUCUGAAGAAGUACGAUCAAGGCGUCGGUUGUAUUCUCGCCGACGAGAUGGGUCUCGGCAAGACGGUUCAAGCGAUCGCCAUGCUGAAGGCGAUCGAGUUGUCGAAGAAGCGAAUGGCCGCGUUGAACGGAAAAGGCCUGAAUCAGGCUCUUAUCGUGUGUCCGGCGAGUUUACUCAACCAAUGGAUCAAACACUUCAAUGAGUGGUACCCGAGGUGUCGUAUUGUCAUGCUUCACAACACUUCAUAUCAUCGGAUUGAUGUUGAUGACGCGCUUUUGACGAUUUCGAAUAGCUUAAACCACCCGAACGGAUGCGUCCUUUUGACGACCUACAAGACGUAUGUGGCCAAUUCGUCGAAGAUCAACAAAUUCGUGUGGCACGCGGUUAUUCUCGACGAGGGACACGCGAUCAAAUGCGUUUCGACGAAGGCGUCGGAGGCGAUCCGCGGCGUCGCCACACCGCAUCGUGUCGUGCUCACCGGCACGCCGAUUCAGAACAAUUUGUACGAACUCUGGUCGCUCAUCGAGUUCGUCUAUCCCGGCAAAUUGGGACCAUUGAAGGCGUUCCACGCCAACAUCAUCAAGCCGAUUCACGACGGCUCGUUUUUGAAUGCGAGCGACGCGAAAAAAGCGAUCGCCCAUCAAUGUGCCAUCGUUUUACAACACGCGGUUUGUCCAUACAUAUUGAGGCGAUUGAAGAGCGACACGAAUCUCGCGUUGGAAUUGCCGCAAAAAUCCGAACAGGUUGGCGAUGUCGAGAAUCGCGACGCCAAAAUUCGCAGCUUUCUCUUUUCUCUACAGAUGCUCUUCUGCAAAUUGACGUCGCGUCAACGCAAACUUUAUGAGAAUUAUGUGAAUUCGGACGAGGUGACGUCGAUUCUCGAGAAUCGCGUCGAUCCGUUGGUCGGCAUCACGAAACUCGCCCAUUUGUGCAAUCAUCCCGCCAUUUUUGAAGGCGAUAAGAAGCUGAAGCAUGCCAACUACAAGGAUAGCGGGAAGCUGAUUGUGUUGAGGAAGCUUCUGAAGCGAUGGCAUCGUGAGGGCGGCAAUAAGGUGCUGCUGUUCACACAGAAGAAGACGGUCAUUGCGAUUGUUGAGAGGAUUCUCGAGAAGCUCGAAAUGAAAUUUUUGACGAUGUCCGGCGAGACGCCGGUGGCGAGAAGGGCCAAACUUGUCGAGCAAUUCGAGAAGGAUCCCCACAUUUUCGUUUUCCUUCUCACCACUCGCGUCGGAGGUGUUGGAUUGAAUUUGGUGGCGGCAAAUAAGAUCGUGAUAUUCGAUCCCGACUGGAAUCCGACGAACGAUCAGCAGGCGAAAGAGCGAGCGUGGCGAAUCGGACAGCAUCGCGAUGUUGCGAUUUAUCGCCUGAUCACUAGUGGAACGAUUGAAGAGAAAAUCUAUUUGAGGCAGAUUCAUAAGGAAGCGCUGGUUAUGAAAGUGUUGGAGAAGAAGAGUCGAAGUGGGAUCAUCAAUCGGGAAAGUCUUGCCGAAUUGUUCCGAUUGGUGCCCGAUGGCGUUGGCGGCACCGAAGUGGGCAUGUAUGUCGAUGGCGAAAUUGCGCCCGAUUGCCAAAUUGGCGACGACAGAAAAUCGUCGAAAAAGACUCGAAAAUUGAAGAAGGACCUCGAGAAUUGCAUCGAUAAGAAGGCGUUGUCGAAUUUGUUCAAAGAUCAAAUGUUGACGGCGAUCAUCUCGCACGCCGACGCCAUCAAAGGCGAAGAGAUUCGCCUGAUGCACAUGACGACGGCGCGUCAAUACGCGCAAGACGCCGCCCGAUUUUUGUUGCACGUCGAGAAUCGGCCGUCGACGUGCUGGAAGGCCGAGUUCGACAAAGAUCUGAAGGGUCGCGAGACGACGCCGUCGGACGAGGUGUUCAAGAAGAGCGACUACUUCGAGACGGUGCAUCGAACGCUGUCGCGAAACGACGGCAGCGAGGAGUUGAACGAGCGUGUGAAGCAGGCGCAGACGCUCCGCGAGCUUUUCCUUCGAUUCGACGGCAAAAUCGAAAAGGAGAAAAUUGAGAAGUACUUCAAACCGAAUCAACGAACUGGAUUGGAGUAUUUCUUUUUCAAUGAGGUUCUCCACACAUUGUCGCGAUUCAAUUCCAAAUUGAACGUCUAUGAAUUGAAGAAGAAAUAUUUUUAG